AUGAAGCCAUUCCUCCUCUUUCUUGUUCUUCUUGUUCUCUCAAGGAUAGAAACAAAUGAAGCUACAAGAACUCUUGAUGAAACUCAUCUUCUAUUGUCGUCCUUGCAAACUCGUUCUAGGGUUACUGAGAGAAACUUUGCUAGUCGUAAAAAGGUUAUUUUUGCUUUUCCUCCUUCCCCACAUACUAAUGCAUAUCCUUUUGAUGAAAAUCAUGAUCUUCUAUUACCAUCUUUGCAAACCCGUCCUCCAGUUAAGUUUAAGACUCCAACACCCAAUCUAGGAACAAAGUCCAGUGUGGAUACGGAAAUCACGGUUACUGAAAGGAACUUUAUUGGUUGUAAAGAAGUUGUUUUUUCUCCUCCACCUUCUACUAAUGCAUACACUCUUGAUAAAACUCAUCUUCUAUUACCAUCUUUGAAAAUCCGUUCUCCAGUUAGGACUCCAACACCCAAUCUAGGAACUGAGGCCAGUAUAGAUAUGACAAGUAAGGUUGCUGAAAAGCACUUUGAUGGUCGUAAAGAAAUUGUUUUUGCUCCUCCUCCACCUCCACUUCAUGAACCUCUUCUAUUACCAUCCCUUCGAACCCAUCCUCUAGUUAAGAGUCCAACACCCAAUCCAGGGACUGAGGCCAGUGUGGAUAUGGCAAGUGGGGUUACUACUGAAAAAAACUUUGUUGGUCGUAAAGAAGUUGCUUUUGCUCCUCCUCUUCGUGAACCUCUUCUAUUACCAUCCCUUCAAACCCGUCCUCCAAUUAAGACUCCGACACCCAAUCGAGGAACCAACGACGGUGUGAAUAUUGCAAGCAGAGUUACUGAAAGAAACUUUGUUGGUCAUAAAGAAGUUGUUUUUGCUCCUCCUCCACCUCCUCUUCAUGAACCUCUUCUAUUACCAUCCCUUCAAACCCGUCCUCCAGUUAAGACUCCAACACCCAAUGCAGGGACUAAGGCCAGUAUGGAUAUGGCAAGUAAGGUUACUGAAAAGAACUUUGUAGGCCGUAAAGAAAUUGUUUUUGCUCCUCCUCCACCUCCACUUCAUGAACCUCUUUUAUUACCAUCCUUUCGAACCCAUCCUCCAGUUAAGACUCCAACACCCAAUCCAGGGACUGAGGCCAGUGUGGAUAUGGCAAGUGGGGUUACUGAAAAGAACUUUGUUGGUCGUAAAGAAGUUGUUUUUGUUCCUCCUCCACCUCAUCUUCAUGAACCUCUUCUAUUACCAUUCAUUCAAACCCGUCCUCCAAUUAAUACUCCGACACCCAAUCCAGGGACUGAGGCCAGUGUGGAUAUCGCAAGUGGGGUUACUACUGAAAAAAACUUUGUUGGUCAUAAAGAAGUUGUUUUUACUCCUCCUCCACCUCCUCUUCAUGAACCUCUUCUAUUACCAGCCCUUCAAACCCGUCCUCCAGUUAAGAUUCCACCACCCAAUCCAGGGACUAAGGCCAGUAUGGAUAUGGCAA